ACCAAGACAACCAGCGCUGAAAUGAUGACAUGAUACAUGUCAUCAUUGAUCAGAUUGGGGAAUCCAUCCUGCAGAAUGAUUACUUUUACUUUACUUGAAGUACAUUUAGCUGAUAAUACUGUACUUUAUAUGAUUCUGAAUUGGGUCGUUAUGCAAGAGGUUACAUGACACGUAACCUCUUGUGUCAUGUAACCUGUUGCUCCCCAAAACCUAUAUGGUAUGUACUUCAACAGUUAAGCAAUGGAAUUGCAGCUAUUGGUGACAGCGGUUCGUUUUUUAGACCUCACUUCCCUCCCUGCUGCCUCUGGGUGAUAAACAUAAUUUGACCUUUAACCUGGAGAGAUAUAGGGUGACACAAGCUGUAGUAAACCACUUUAAACUUGCUCCUAAAUAUAGUACUCUCAAGUAUAAUGUUUCUACCAGUUGCCUCAGUAUAUAGCCCCUUCAACGCAUGCUUUCGCUCCCUGCCUUUCUUCCUCAUUGCUACAGCUUUACCUUUUUUACUGAUGUUAUUUUUAUUUGACUCUUACUUACAUGUUUUGUUUUUGUUAACCUUGUGUGAACCCUAACCUGUCCUGUUUCACUCACUCUGACACCUUUAAUUUACCUGGUGGAGUUUUAUCUCUGUCUAUAUUUGUAUCUUAUCUUAUCUCUACUACAACUUAGGCUUCACAGAAAUAGCAGCAAUAAGUAUUCAGAUGUUUGGAUAGUACUUGUUCAUGAGCUGUCUCAUAUCAGUGACCUCCUUUCCGACAAACACUCCAGGAAACAGGGAACCAGAAACAUUAUUGUUUAAGUCAGCCAUGUUUUAUUGUUUAGCUACACCAGUUAUAUUAUUCCUUUAUUUUUUUUAAGACAUAAUGUUAUUAUAAUGCAAACAUAAUCAAAUACAAACACUGUACAGUUAAACAUUAUAAAAUGACAAUCAACAAAUGUAAGGGAAAGCAGAACGAGACAAAGGUUAAGAGAAUGAUAAACUUAAAUGAAUCUGAAAUCAUUCACAGAUGAUGGAUACAUAAUUAUUUCUGACCUGAGGGUCAUUAUGUGUGUGUUUGUUAUCGCUGUUAUGAUUCUGUUUAGUUUAGUUUUUGUUGUGUGCUUUUGUGUGCUUUUUCCUGUCUCCCCCCUCCCUUCUCUGUUUUCCUCUGCAGGGCUGGUGUGUGACAGGGAGUUGGCUAGCUCCUCCCAGGAGCAGACGAGGCACACCUGUUUCCACUCACCUCUUCACCUGUAGAUAUAAAAGCCCGGUCCUCAUGCUACUUCCCUGCCAGAUAAUUCCUUCGACCCUCCGGUGUGUCUCGCUGCUCUCCUCGUCUUUUGGAUUUUUGCCUCCUGUCCCUGACGACUCAGUGCCAGCCAACUUCCUGACUCCACUGCCGUCUUUUUUCUGUUUUCUGCUUGAAUAAAGCUUUUUGUUUUUUUACCAUCUCUCUCCAGUCUUUUGCUUUGGGGUCCAAGAUUCUAUAGGCCGUAACAUAAUUAUCUGGCUAAAGCAUGGACCCCGCAGAGACUGAGAAAUUGAAGCAAGCUAUUUCGACACAGGGAGCUCGUGUGGGGCAGCACGAACAAGCGCUACAAGGUAUCAUGGAAUCCCUCCACAACCUUACUGCCGGUUUCACUCAACUCAGCGGCCGCUUGGACCAGUCUUUCAUCCAGCUCAACAUGCUGACGGCUCCAGCUCCUGAGAUUCCAGUCAUUCAUCCCGGCCAACCCCGUGAACCAUUCAUCCCCACCCCUGUGAGGUAUUCAGGUGAUUCAGGGACAUGUAGUCAGUUUCUUCACCAGUGCUCCAUAGUUUUUGAUCAGCAGCCUUUAACUUACUCCUCUGACAGAACUAGGGUAGCUUUCGUUAUGAGUUUGUUAUCGGGUAAAGCAGCUGCAUGGGCGGUGGCCAUAGCCAAGAGUAACCCAGCUAUCUAUAACUCCUUUCCUGUGUUUGAGACCGAGAUGUAUCGAGUUUUUGACCACCCGCUUCAGGGUAAGGAGGCCGGUAAUCGGCUCCUUUCUUUACGCCAGGGUUCUGAGUCAGUCUCCACUUACUCAAUUGAUUUCCGCAUUUUCUCGCAGCAGAGAGCGGGUGGGAUGAGACGGCUCUACAGAUAGCUUUUUCCUGUGGAUUAAACGAGGAGUUAAAGGACGAGCUAGCUGCUCGAGAUGAGACUUCGUCCCUUGAGGAGUUAAUUUUGUUGGCCAUUUGCUUAGAUAAUCGCCUCCGUGAGAGGCGUAGGGAGAGAACAGACAGGCAGAGAUUCACCACGUCCGCCUGGACAGUCUGCACCUCCUCACCAACGCCUGGAGCCUUUCUCCUACCGGGACCCACCCACCGUCUCCUCAUCCCUAAGCCCAGAGGAGCCUAUGCAGCUGGGGAGAAUGAGGCUUUCACCUGCUGAACGGGAACGCCGUUUCCCUCCAGAGGCUCUGCAUAUACUGUGGUCAGGCUGGCCACAUUCGAUCCAACUGUUCCGCUCGGCCAAAAGAGCAGGCUCAGCAGCCAGGGGAGGGGCGCUGGUGAGCCAUACUUCUGUCUCCCCUUCCCACGCUAAUCGUCUCCAGUUAAAGGUCUAAUCUCUCCUCAGAACCCCUUCCCGAGCCCAAGAAUUGUUUUCCCUUGAUGGUAGGCUUCUUGCCCGUGUAACUCACCGUACUGCCCCAGUGUCAUUGUUACUCUCAGGUAAUCAUCACGAGACCAUUUCCAUUUAUCUCAUUCCCUCACCCCUUUCUCCGCUGGUGUUAGGUCUCCCCUGGCUUAAACUCCACAACCCACACAUAGACUGGGCCACCUUAUCCAUCGUCAAUUGGAGUUUGUUCUGCCACUCUCACUGUUUACACUCUGCCAUACCCACUACUGUUACUUCCAAACCUGUUCCCCCCCCAUACCUGUUGACCUCACGUCAGUUCCCUCUGAGUAUCAUGACCUCCAGGAGGUUUUCAGCAAGGAUCGUGCCCUGUCUCUACCACCUCAUCGACCUUAUGACUGUGGCAUUGACUUGCUCCCCGGUGCUCCCUUGCCUUCGAGCAGACUUUAUAAUAUCUCCAAGCCUGAGAGGGAGGCCAUGGAGACUUAUAUCACUGACUCUGUUGCUGCUGGUCUCAUUCGCCCUUUUCGCUCUCCAUUGGGGGCAGGUUUUUUUUUUUGUUGACAAGAAGGAUAAGACUCUACACCCCUGUAUUGAUUUCAGGGGCUUGAAUGACAUUACUGUGAAGAAUAAGUAUCCUCUCCCGCUCAUAGACUCAGCUUUUGGUUUCCUCCAUCAAGCCACCAUUUUCUCUAAGUUGGACCUCCGAAAUGCCUUCCACCUAGUUAGGAUAAAGGAGGGAGGCGAGUGAAAGACUGCGUUAAGACGCCCCUGGGACAUUUUGAAUAUUUAGUUAUACCUUUUGGGUUAACUAACGCCCCCGCUGUGUUUCAGGCACUCAUUAACGAUGUCCUUCGUGAUAUGCUUAACAGAUUUGUCUUUGUGUAUCUUGAUGAUAUCCUCAUUUUCUCUCGUGACCCCCAAGAACAUGUCCAACACAUGAGGUUGGUGCUGCAGAGACUUCUGGAGAACAGACUUUAUGUUAAGGCUGAGAAGUGUGCAUUUCAUGUUUCCUCUGUUUCAUUCCUGGGUUUUGUGGUAGAGAAGGGACAGGUCAGAGCCGACCCUGCCAAAGUCAUGGCAGUGGCCGAAUGGCCCACUCCUACAACGAGAAAGCAACUCCAAAGGUUCCUUGGUUUUGCCAACUUUUACCGCAGGUUUAUUCGUGACUAUAGUCGAGCAGCCGCCCCACUCACCAAGCUCACCUCAGUUAAAGUUCCCUUUGUGUGGUCAUCUGAAGCUGAGGCUGCUUUUGCCAUGUUGAAGUGUUUGUUUUCCUCUGAUCCUGUGUUAUCUCACACAAGUGGUCGAAGUGGAUGCCUCCGACACUGGUGUAGGGGCAGUCCUCUCCCAGCCUCCGACCAGAAAUUGCAUCGCUGCACCUUCUUUUCCCGCCGGCUCUCCCCGGCAGAAAGAAACUAUGAUGUGGGAAAUCGGUAGCUUCUGGCAGUAGUCUUAGCCCUGCCGGAAUGGAGGCACUGGCUUGAAGGCACGACUCAUCCGUUUGUGGUAUGGACGGACCACAGAAACUUAUCUUAUCUCCGUUCUGCUCGCAGGCUCAACUCUCGCCAGGCUCGGUGGGCGCUUUUUCUGGGCCGGUUCAGCUUCACCCUCACCUAUCGGCCAGGCUCACGGAACAUCAAGGCAGACGCCCUGUCACGUCAGUUCGCUCCUCCGGUUGAGGAGCCAUCCGCGGGAACCAGUCUUCCAUCCUCCUGUGUGGUGGGAGCAGCCAGGUGGGAGGUUGAGAGGGUGGUCCAGGAGGCACAAGAGGACCAUCCAGCUCCUGAGGAUUGUCCACCGGGUCGGCUGUUCGUUCCACCGCACGCCAGAUCUUCAGUGCUCCAGUGGGGACAUGAUUCUAAGAUAGCUUGCCAUCCAGGAGCACUUCGGACUCUAGGCCUCCUCCAACAACGCUUCUGGUGGCCCUCCAUGUCCUCUGACGCCAAGAAGUAUGUCGCCGCCUACUCCAUCUGCGCCAGCAGUAAGGCAUCCCACCGCGCCCCUGCUGGUCUUCUCCGCCCUCUUCCCAUUCCUCAUCGGCCUUGGUCUCACAUCGCCAUGGACUUCGUGACGGGUCUUCCCCCAUCGGAAGGAAAUACAGUUAUCCUGACUAUUGUUGACCGCUUUUCCAAGGCCGUACACUUCGUUCCCCUACCAAAAUUACCUUCUGCUCUGGAGACUGCUACACUAAUCACCCAGCAUGUUUUUAGAUUGCAUGGCAUUCCUCUGGACAUUGUUUCUGACAGGGGUCCGCAAUUUGCCUCUCCAGUCUGGAAAGCCUUUUGCCGGGCGUUGGGGGUGUCGGCCAGUCUGUCAUCAGGUUACCACCCGCAGACCAACGGCCAGACUGAGCGUGCGAAUCAGGACCUGGAGGCAGCCCUUCGCUGUGUCUCUUCUCACCAUCCAGUCUCCUGGGCCUCCCACCUGCCUUGGGUUGAAUAUGCCCACAACUCCCUGGUUUGCUCCGCCACAGGAAUGUCUCCAUUCAUGGCUUCUGUUGGGUUCCAACCCCCUCUCUUUCCCACCCAGGAGAGGGAUGUGGCAGUCCCCUCAGUACAGGGGCAUCUUCGGCGGGCCCGCAGAGUCUGGCACGAAGCUCGAGCAGCUCUCGCUCGCACUGCUACUCGCAACCAGAGGCUUGCAGACCGCCAUCGCACUCCAGCCCCGGACUACCAGCCCGGUCAGAAGGUCUGACUGUCCUCCAGUGAUCUGCCACUCCAGACUGACUCCCGCAAACUGGCACCCAGUUUCCUCCAGUCCUCUGAUUCCUCCGGCCGAGCCCCCUCCUCUCCCCCGGAGUAUUGACAAUCAUCCUGCUUUCACCGUCCAGCGGUUGUUGGAUGUACGAAGGCGAGGCCGGGGGUUCCAGUACUUGGUGGAUUGGGAGGGGUACGGGCUAGAGGAGCGUUCAUGGAUCUCCCGCUCCCUGAUUUUGGACCCUGCUCUCCUUAGGGACUUUUAUGAGAGGGCUGGUGUGUGACAGGGAGUUGGCUAGCUCCUCCCAGGAGCAGAUGAGGCACACCUGUUUCCACUCACCUCUUCACCUGUAGAUAUAAAAGCCCGGUCCUCAUGCCACUUCCCUGCCAGAUAAUUCCUCUGUGUUUCGACCCUCCGGUGUGUCUCGCUGCUCUCCUCGUCUUUUGGAUUCUUUGUUUGGAUUUUUGCCUCCUGUCCCUGACGACUCAGUGCCAGCCAACUUCCUGACUCCACUGCCGUCUUUUUUCUGUUUUCUGCUUGAAUAAAGCUUUUUGUUUUUUACCAUCUCUCUCCAGUCUUUUGCUUUGGGGUCCAAGAUUCUAUAGGCCAUAACAAUCGCAGCCAUUUUCCCCAUUUGUUCUUCAAAUAUAUACACUUUAUUUCUAAUUCUUGUAGUUAUUGUUUCCAUGUCAUAUUUUUCAUUCACAAUAUCCUUCCUUUUUGAGUUCAUAAAGUUAUUAACAAAUGUAUUAUCAAGACCAUUUUAACCAAUUCCUUUUAAUUUGUUUAAUUACUGCUACUCUACUGGUGAUAUUUACUCUUCUUUACGGUUUAAAUGCAGCUCUGCUUCUUCUUGUACUGUGCAUAUUUGUGUAUGCUUAUGUCUGUUGAGAAAAUGUAUACAAAUACUACUUGAGGAGUAAAUGUGUGAGUUCAAAUGUUUACUCAAGAAAAUGUCAAAAUGACUAGUUCCUCUUCAGAGUCAAGAAAAAGUGAUGUGUUGACUUGUAUUUAUUUAACAUUAAGUUCAUACAAAGUAGGGCUGUGCAAUAUGGAAAAAAUUAAAUGUAUCUAAUCAAAGACCCCUAAAUUAAUGUCUCUUUAACCAUAUGGAUAUAAUACUCUAAUAUUGCCCAGCCCUAAGAUAAACAAAUAAAACUGUUCAGUUAGAAAUCUUUACGCAUUGCAUUUCAACCGUUUUGUGAAUUUCACAUUAAAUAUAGUGUCUAAAUGACAGUAUUUCAUUAAAAAAUUCAGAGGUGUAUUGUUUUACUUAGGUAGCAAAAGUAAAUUGUAGAAAUACUCUGUUACAAAUAAAAGUACUCCAACUCUUACUUUUAAGCAGAAGUACAAAUGUAUUAGAUGUAUUGUAUUAGCUAAUAAUCUGAAUCUGUAAAGUACAGCUGUCAAAUAAAUGAAGUGCAGUAAAAAA